AUGAAGGGAUUUAUUUAUAUUUUUACUAUUUUAAUAAUAUUAAAUUUAAUUAGCGUAAAGGCCAGAAGGUGUGUGCCACAGGCUGGCUGUGGAAAGGCAAGGAACUACAGAACAAAUGACUGUGACAGUACACAUGACUAUAACAGGACAGGUGACUGUAACAGGACAGGUAAGUGCUGUGGGGGUAGAUGCUGCUAAGUACAUAAUAUAUAACACAAUAUGUUAUAUAUCAUGAAUACAUUGAAUUAUUAUUUAAAUAAAAUUCUAGUAGAA